GUUCUUAUUAGCCCCCCGUUUAUGAAGGAAUAUGCCGAGCCUCUUACAGGCACCGAAUGUCAGAAAGAGGAAUAUGGCACCCAAGGGGUAUAAGUCGACCUCGCCCGUCAGCUUUCUACCUGGAGAGUGAUGCUCAGGUAUCCUCUCUGAUCAACACUCGAGCGGCUCGAGUCUCAAGUUUUAAAAGAAAGCGUCCGGAGAUAAGAUAUCCAGACACCAAUAGGCAGCUAGAAACUUCAACAAGACAUCAAGAUGAAGACCACAACCUCUGCAAUCCUCGCCUGCCUGGCGACUGCCGUGUCGGCGCAGAUACAGGGCACUGGAGCCACGACGCGGUACUGGGACUGCUGCAAGCCAUCGUGCGGAUGGCCCGGAAAGGCAAGCCUCGUUUCCGGACCGCUGAAAACUUGCGACAAGGCGGAUAACCCGCUGAACGAUGGAGGCAACACCAAGUCCGGAUGCGACAAUGGCGGUGGAGCUUUCAUGUGCUCGUCGCAGGAGCCGUUCGCUGUCAACGACUCACUGGCUUAUGGUUUCGCGGCCGUCCGUAUCUCCGGUCAACGCGAGUCUGACUGGUGCUGCGCCUGUUACGAACUGACUUUCACCAGUGGGCCGGUGACAGGGCAAAGGAUGAUAGUUCAAGCAACAAACACGGGAGGUGACCUCGGACAGAACCACUUUGAUAUUGCGAUUCCCGGCGGCGGUGUUGGUAUAUUCAACGCAUGCACGGAGCAGUACGGUGCGCCGGCCAACGGAUGGGGGGAGCGAUACGGCGGGAUUCGGUCUAGGUCCGAGUGCGACGGAUUUCCGGAAAAGCUCAAGAAAGGUUGUUACUGGCGAUUCGACUGGUUCAAGGGAGCCGACAACCCGAGCGUGUCAUUCAAGCAGGUCACUUGUCCGUCCGAGAUCACCUCCAAAAGCGGAUGCGUGCGAGCGUAAAAAAAAGAAAAGGAAAAGGAAAAGAAAAAGAAAAAGAAAAGAAAAAGAAAAGAAAAGAAAAGAAAAAAAA